GAAAAUCUGUUAUCUGAAUUCCGAACACAACUAGCAAUACCUGCGCUUUUACCGACCUGAAGGUCCGAUUAACCGAAUCGGGUCUGAACAAAAAACCCUACUCAUGCGAAGGAAAUUUACAGCCGGAAAACUGAGCUAUGAGAGUGAACCGAGCGAGAAGGCUCGGAGCGGCCCGACUCCCUCUCCGCGCAUCUCUUCCUUCUCCAAGCCAUCGCGUCGCCACCGCUUCAAACGCCGUUUCCUGCUGGUACUGCGACCUAAAAAUCUCCGCCUUCAACGAGCCUCUCUUCCGGUUCGGGCGAAACCACGCGGCGAUCCUCAAACUCUGGUUCUCCAUCGGGACCGGUUUCGGCCUGACCGCCCUCGUCGGAGUCACUUUGAUUCUCAUUUGGCAACUGUUCCUUAGGUCCAACGCCCAGCUAAGCAAUCUUUUCAGCUCCCUUUUGUUCGGCUUUUCCCCUUCUUUAAGAAUCUCACUGUCGGAUGCCGGAUAUUUGUUCGUCUCAACGUUGGUCUCUGUUGCCGUCCAUGAAUUUGGCCACGCCGUCGCCCUUGCCAGUGAGGGAAUACAGUUGGAGUACAUCGCCGUUUUUAUUGCCGUUCUGUUUCCUGGUGCUCUGGUUGCUUUUGAUCAUGAUUUGCUUCAGGCAUUGCCACGGUUAACCGCUCUUCGUGUAUAUUGUGCCGGUAUCUGGCAUAAUGCAGUGUUCUGUGCAGUUUGUGGAUUGUUGUUGUUCCUGAAGCCUGUGAUCCUGUUUCCAUUUUACAUACAUGCUGAGAGCCCCUUGGUUUUGGAUGUAGCUCCAGCAUCACCGUUAUCUGAGUUCUUGUCUCCUGGGGAUGCAAUAGUGUCAUUGGAUGGUGUGCGAAUCCAUGAUGUACAAGAUUGGGUGGAGAUGACUUCUGUACUAGAUAAAAAGAUACGUCAAAAUUCAAGUGAUUUGCAUUAUUUUAAAGGUUUUGGUACAGUAGAUAACAGAAAGGGAUACUGUGUGCCUAACGCGUUGUUGGAAGACAGCAAGAAGGUUCAAUUGGUGGACAGCCAAUCUAUUUGUUCUAAUGAUCUUGUGGCAUUUGUGAGAAUUCACUGCUUUGAUCCAAGUAAGUUGGAAGAUGUGGGUAAUGACGAUGGUCAGCAGGGAAGAAGAGAAAAUGAGCUCUGUUUGAAUGCAAAGGAUAUUGUCAAGCUUGAAAAAUGCGGUGAUGGAUUGGGAACAGUAAUGACGAAUGGAAGCAGUUGCAUAUGUUCCCAGGAUGAGUCUUGCUUAAGUCCAGUUCAGUUGCCAGGUUUGAUGUGGGUUGAGAUUACAUAUUCAAGGCCUUAUUCAACAGAAUGCUUGCAACUUAGAAGUUCCCUUCUAGAUUCCAAUACUUCUUAUGCUGUAGAACAGAACUGUGGAGGAACUUUUGUUUUCGUUGGUGAUGUGAUAUCUAUGGCGCAUUCAGUUCAGUUAACCGUAUAUCGACCCCGGUGGAGAAUUUUUCUUGGCGAAUAUCUUCCAAAUAAGCUGGAAAAGAGCUUAAUAUGCACGUUCCAUGUCUCUCUAACACUAGCUCUUCUCAACAGCUUGCCAGUAUAUUUUCUUGAUGGUGAAUCAAUUUUGGAGGUGACGUUGUCCCACUUCACGUCAUUGAGUCCAAGGAAAAUGAGAAAAGUUCUUCAAAUAUGCCUUGUCGGAGGGACUUUCAUCUCUGUUCUGGCUUUCUUGAGGGUCUUCUUUAUCAAUUUCUUGUAAGGUAACUUGUGUAAUUGUAGUAUAACUCUCUUGCCCUUUGCUCUUUAACUAACCUGCACGUUAAAGUCAAAAGAAAAGGAAAGAUUUUGUAACUUUUCCAUUUCACAUUUGCUUCAAACUUUCAUCGUCUUAACUGAGUAAAUUACAUGAUUGGUUGCCAAACUUUCACAAUAGUGCCGGUUUUAAUCACUGAACUUUAAUUUGUCUUGACUAUGUCAUUGUUGAAGUUUGCAAACUAUACCAAAUCCAGGCACCCUAACAGAUUUCAUCCAAGUGACAGACAAAAAUGACUUGGUUUUAAGUCUUUUUCAUCUGAAACCAUUACUUGGUUGGGUCGAAUCUGUUGGGAUGACUGAAUUUGAUAUAAUCGACAAACUUUAUCGACUUAUUUGAGACAAACUUUAAGUUUAGUGAUGAAAACAGGAGUUAUGUGAAAGUUCAG